UCCACGGCCAGUCCCGCUCAUACAACGGACAAGAAAAUUUCUCCAGGUACAAGAUUAAAUUUAUAGAAUGUUCAUCACGGCAAUAUUAUUGCUAGUACUGAUACUGCUGUUGCUAUACUUAGGCUGCCACAAACCAAAAGGGUACCCACCAGGUCCAAGAUGGUGGCCUAUUUUGGGAUGUGCGUUGGAAGUGGCGCGUAUCCGUCAGGAAACCGGAUAUCUCUUCAAGACCUGCUCAACGCUCUGCAAGAAGUAUGGCCCAGUGGUCGGUCUAAAGAUCGGUAAAGAUCGCAUUGUCGUUUUGAAUGACUUAGAGAGUGUACGAGCGAUGCUGACUAACGAAGAUUGCGAUGGCAGACCAAUCGGACCCCUGUUCGAAGCCAGAACUUUUGGCGCUAGACGUGGUCUCGUCGUCGUAGACGAGCGGUUGUGGAUAGAGCAACGACGAUUCGUUUUGCGACAUCUACGAGAAUUUGGCUUCGGUCGUACCAGUAUGGCCACAAUUAUCGAAGACGAGGCACUGAAGCUGGUGGAGCACUUCAAGAAGCUGCUUCGAGACGGCCAUAAUUAUGAGAUCACCGAUAUCCGAAAAUUGACGAUGGACAACAAUACCGGACAGAUAUACAAGCUGCAGAAAGACUCCAAGAACAAUCUAAAUAAAUCGAAACUAUGCGACGACAAUACAAUCAAUAAUAAGAUUUCCAAUCAUAAACCUUGGACAAUAGCAGAUUUAUACAUGAAAGCUGAAGAUUAUGCGGAAGUCAGAAAAGUCUCUCAAUCAGCAGAAAUGAUCAUAUCUAUGCACGACGCUUUCGGUGUGACCAUAUUGAACUCUAUUUGGAGAAUGAUGGCCGGUAAAAGAUAUGAUACUGGCGACAAAGAAGUUAUAUACUUACAGCGAAAUCUCUCAAAACUCUUGAGAGAAAUCGAUAUAAUCGGUGCGCCUUUCAGCCAUUUCCCGUUGUUACGCUUCAUCGCGCCGGAACUGUCCGGCUACAAAUCAUUUCUACAAACGCAUGAAGAAAUGUGGGCAUUCCUGAAAGAGGAAUUGCACAAUCAUAAAAAUACAUUCGUAUCAAACGCGCCGCGAGAUUUGAUAGACGUCUAUCUGACUAUGCUGAAUUCGAAAGAUUGCAGCGACACGUUCUCAGAAUCACAGUUGUUGGCGAUCUGUAUCGAUCUCUUCAUAGCGGGCUCCGAGACAACUUCGAAAGCGCUUGGUUUCACAUUCUUGUACUUGAUACUGUUCCCGCAAGUUCAAAAGAAAGCACACGAAGAAAUAGAUAAAGUUCUUGGUCGUGACAGAUUUCCCACAUUAGCCGACAGAUCAAGAAUGCCAUACAUCCAAGCUGUUGUCCUGGAAUCUCUAAGAAUGUUCAUGGGUCGUACUUUGAAUGUUCCGCAUAGAGCAUUGAAAGACACUUCUAUUGUGGGCCAUAAGAUACCCAAAGACACGAUGCUCAUUGUGAAUUUCAAUAACAUGCUCAUGGAUGAAUCUUGGAGUGAUCCGGAAAAUUUUCGGCCGGAGAGAUUCCUUGAUAAUAGCGGCAAUGUCGUCACGCCCGAAAAAUAUUUUCCUUUCAGCAUCGGCAGACGCCGUUGCUUAGGUGAGAUAUUAGCUAAGAGUAACAUCUUCAUAAUAACAGCCACUUUGCUGCAGGCGUUCAGCUUCUCCGUAAUUCCCGGUGAGCCACGACCUUCCACGCAAGAUUUUGUAGACGGUGUCACGUCCGCUCCCAAACCAUAUAGAGCAUUAGUUUCCCUGAGAACAUAACUGAGACAGAUUUGUAACUUUCUGGGAUAGUAUCUAUUUAUCUAAUUCAACAACCCAGCUUUUAAUCGAAAUCUUAAUAAGUCUCAUAAACUGUAAUACAAAAACAUUUUUUGUCACAAAAAUAUAUUUUUAUUAUUAUCAUGUAUAGGAGUAUAUAUGUGUAUAUAUGUAAAGAUACGCGAAAUAAAUAAUUGUACAUAUAUUA